CCCGUCCUCCACCCGCCGCUUGGCGUCAGUCCACGGAAGGGACUCAGCCCGUGCUGUCGGCGCUCGGAGGCCAAAGGCCUGUCACUCCGGGGUCUACUCGCUGCCUUUGUGGCGGGAGCCGGACAGACAGAGCGUGGGAUGAGGGAGGCUGCGGCGCGCGGCAGAGUGCCCAGAAGCAACGAGGUGGAGGCUGAGAAGGGGUGCGCCCCGACCGGUUCCCGGAGCCCAGGGGGACAGUGAGGCGGUCCCUGGAAUGGUGGACGGCAGUUCUCUCCCCAUCCUUUAAACUCCUGAGCUUGGAGAAAGUGAACUCUAAAAACCAGUCUUUCUCUAUGUGAAUGCCAAACCUUGUGGAGAAUUUGUGUGGUGGAGUUUCUCUCAUCUCAGGUUAAAAAAAGCCCUAAGCAAGUUAUAUUCUAGGCAGCAAGCUCCCUGGAAGUGUUGACUGACCAACUUAAUCAUGAACAUGAUUCAAAAAUGUUAAUAAACAAACCAAGAUCAUGGGGAAUUCAUAUGCUGGGCAACUGAAAUCUGCUCGAUUUGAGGAAGCUCUCCACAACUCCAUAGAAGCCUCGCUCCGAUGUAGUAACGUGGUACCACGUCCCAUUUUUUCCCAGCUGUACUUGGACCCUGAGCAGCAUCCUUUCUCAUCUGCAGAUGUCAAGCCCAAGGUAGAGGAUUUGGAUAAAGAUUUGGUACACCGCUACACUCAAAAUGGCACUCUAGAUUUUUCUAACAAUUUAACCGUUAAUGAAAUGGAAGAUGACGAAGAUGAUGAAGAAAUGUCUGAUUCCAACAGCCCACCAAUUCCCUAUUCACAAAAACCUGCCCCAGAAGGAUCUUGCACAACAGACGGUUUUUGUCAAGCAGGGAAAGAUUUGCGUUUGGUAUCACUGUGCAUGGAACAAAUCGACAUUCCAGCAGGAUUCCUCCUGGUAGGGGCCAAGUCUCCCAAUCUUCCUGAACACAUUCUAGUUUGUGCUGUAGACAAGCGAUUUCUACCAGAUGAUCAUGGGAAAAAUGCACUUUUAGGGUUCUCUGGAAACUGUAUCGGCUGUGGAGAAAGAGGAUUUCGGUAUUUCACGGAAUUUUCCAACCACAUUAACUUGAAGCUUACCACCCAGCCAAAGAAGCAGAAGCACUUAAAGUACUACCUAGUCAGAACGUCCCAGGGUGUACUAUCAAAGGGGCCUCUUAUCUGCUGGAAAGAAUGUAGAAGCCGACAAUCCUCUGCUACUUGCCACUCUAUUAAACCAAACUCUUCAGUGUCAUCAACUGUGACUCCAGAAAAUGGGACAACCAAUGGAUACAAAACAGGAUUCACUCAGACAGAUUCGCCGGUUCUCAGUCCAGCUAAUUCUGCAAUCAAUUUAAGUGGCGCUCAGGACCUGACCCGGAAUAAGAAUGUUGUGAAACCACUGGCUUUAUCUUUGCAGGUUGUAGGGAAGACUUAUGCUGCAGAUGCUGCAAAUGGGAACAGUAGCCAUGGAGGGAAGAGCAGUGCAUCCAGCUCCACUCCAGCCCGCCCAGGGAACUACUCCUUGUCGCCAAGACCUAGCUACCCAUCUGCAGACCAAGCUACUAUGUUCACUUCUGGACCACCAAAGAAACGACACCGGGGAUGGUACCCUGGAUCACCUGUCCCCCAACCUGGUUUAGUUACACCCGUUCCUACAAUUCGUCCUCUUUCAAGACCUGAACCCCUUUUAUCUGCCCCAGUUCCCCAGACCCCAUUAACUGGAAUUUUACAGCCUCGGCCCAUUCCUGCAGGGGAAACGGUAAUUGUUCCUGAAAACCUGCUGAGUAACUCAGGAGUGAGACCAGUAAUUCUGAUAGGUUAUGGCACUUUACCCUAUUUCUAUGGAAAUGUUGGUGACAUUGUUGUGAGUCCCCUGCUUGUGAAUUGCUACAAGAUUCCACAGUUGGAAAACAAAGAUUUGGAACAAUUAGGAUUGACUGGCAGCCAACUCCUGAGCGUGGAAAACAUGAUCCUUCUGACGAUACAGUAUCUUGUGCGGCUAGGUCCUGAUCAGAUACCUCUCAGGGAAGAAUUUGAGCAAAUAAUGCUGAAAGCCAUGCAGGAGUUUACUCUGAGAGAGCGAGCUCUGCAGAUGGGCGCUCCAUGUAUACCUGUGUCUCCAGGACAACUCCCCUGGCUUGCUAGAUUAAUUGCCAGCGUGUCUCAAGAUCUGGUUCAUGUGAUUGUGACCCAAAACUCUUUGGCGGAGGGCAUUUCAGAGACACUGAGGAUUCUCAGUGAAAUGAGACACUACCAGAAGCUACCAGAUUAUGUUGUGGCAAUUUGUACAUCGAAAAUCAGAGGAAAUGAAUUUUGUGUAGUGGUGUUAGGUCAGCAUCAGUCCCGGGCUCUGGCAGAGAGCAUGCUCACCACAAGUGAGUUUUUGAAAGAAAUUAGUUAUGAGCUCAUCACAGGAAAGGUCAGUUUCCUGGCAUCACAUUUCAAAACCACGUCAUUAGGUGAUGACCUGGACAAGCUGCUAGAAAAAAUGCAACAAAGAAGAGGAGACAGUGUGGUCACCCCUUUCAAUGGGGAUCUUAAUGAAUGUGUGUCGCCUCAGGAGGCUGCUGCUAUGAUUCCCACACAAAAUCUGGAUUUAGAUAAUGAAACCUUCCAAAUUUAUCAACCACAGCUUACGGUUGCCAGAAAACUCUUAUCCCAGGUGUGUGCUAUUGCAGACAGUGGCAGCCAGAGCCUGGACCUCGGCCACUUCAGCAAAGUAGACUUCAUCAUCAUCGUCCCAAGAUCAGAGGUUCUGGUCCAGCAAACUCUUCAACGGGUUCGACAAUCAGGUGUCCUUGUAGACUUGGGUCUGGAGGAAAAUGGGACAGCUCAUCAGAGAGCAGAGAAAUACGUGGUUCGUCUGGACAAUGAGAUUCAAAGCAAGUUUGAAGUGUUUAUGAGGAGGGUGAAACAGAACCCAUACACACUGUUUGUGCUAGUUCAUGACAACUCCCACGUGGAACUAACGAGCGUCAUUUCGGGCUCUCUAUCCCAUGGCGAACCCAGUCAUGGACUGGCUGAUAGAGUCAUCAAUUGCAGAGAGGUUCUGGAUGCUUUUAACCUCCUGGUGCUCCAGGUCAGCUCCUUCCCGUACACUCUGCAGACCCAGCAGUCCCGGAUCAGCUCCAGCAACGAGGUUCACUGGAUACAGCUGGAUACGGUGGAGGACGUGGGCUGUGAGGAGAAGCUGUACUUCGGCUUGAAUGAGUACAGCAAGUCUCUGCAGUGGGGGGUCACAAGCCCACUCCUGAGGUGCGAUGAGACCUUCGAGAAGAUGGUGAACACGCUCUUGGAGAGGUACCCCAGGCUGCACAGCAUGGUCGUCCGCUGCUACCUUCUCAUCCAGCAGUACUCGGAGGCCCUGAUGGCUCUUACUACCAUGGCGUCACUACGGGACCACAGCACACCAGAAACACUCAGCAUUAUGGAUGACCUCCUCAGCUCCCCAGGAAAAAACAAAAGUGGGAGGGGACACAUGCUCAUUAUCAGGGUGCCCUCGGUGCAGCUGGCCAUGUUAGCCAAGGAGCGACUGCAGGAGGUGCGGGACAAGCUGGGUCUACAGUAUCGCUUUGAGAUCAUCCUUGGGAACCCGGCCUCUGAAAUCAAUGUUGCAACCCACUUUGUGGCACGAUUAAAGACAUGGAGAGGAAAUGAGCCGGAAGAAUGGAUCCCUCGGACAUACCAAGAUUUAGAAGGUCUGCCGUGUAUAGUGAUAUUAACUGGCAAAGACCCUCUUGGAGAAACCUUUCCCAGGUCUUUGAAGUACUGUGACCUCCGGUUAAUUGACUCAAGCUAUUUAACUCGCACGGCCUUGGAGCAGGAGGUGGGUCUGGCAUGCUGCUAUGUCUCAAAAGAGGUCAUCCGAGGGCCCACUUCCGCCCUGGACCUCAGUGGCAAGGAGCCAGAGAGGGCCCCCAUCAUUGAGAAUGACUCUGAGGAGCUGCUCAUUGACCUGGAGCGGCCACAGAGCAACAGCAGCGCUGUCACGGGAACCUCGGGUUCCAUCAUGGAGAAUGGGGUCAGUUCCUCCAGCACAGACAAAUCCCAGAAGCAGUCCCUGACCCCCAGCUUCCAGAGCCCAGCAACCAGUGUGGGGAUGGAUGAAGGUGUCUCGGCCAGCACAACCGGAGCUGGAGACCCCCUGAAGCAGGAGUGUGACUCCCUGGGCCCUCCAAUGGCCAGCAGUACCACCUCCAAGCCGUCGUCGUCGUCCUCGGGACCCAGGAGCCUUGCAUGGCCAGGGCAACCUCCCAGAGGCUGUAGGGGCCUACACGCCACCCUGCCCCCAAUUGUGAUCUUAUCCAAAGCAGCCUACAGCCUCUUGGGCUCCCAGAAGGGUGGCAAGCUGCCCUCCUCCUCGUCUCUGCUGCCCCAUGCUGAUGUGGCCUGGGUCAGCUCCCUGCGGCCAUUCCUGCACAAGGACAUGAGCAGCGAGGAGCAGUCCCUCUACUACCGGCAGUGGACCUCGGCUCGGCAGCACCAUGCCGACUUCAGCAACCAGCCCGACCCAGCCUCGGGUGCCCGGAACUUCCACCCCCGGCGGCUGCUGCUCACUGGGCCCCCCCAGGUGGGAAAGACUGGCUCCUAUUUACAGUUCCUUAGGAUCCUCUUCCGCAUGCUCAUCCGGCUCCUGGAGGUGGAUGUGUACGAUGAGGAGGAGAUCAAUACUGAUCACAGUGAAAGCAGUGAAGUGAGCCAGUCAGAGGGAGAGCCCUGGCCUGACAUCGAGAGUUUCAGUAAAAUGCCUUUUGACGUCAGUGUGCAUGAUCCCAAGUACAGUCUGAUGAGCCUGGUGUAUACGGAGAAGCUGGCAGGGAUCAAACAAGAAGUAAUAAAGGAAUGCAAAAUUGAGGAGCCCCGGAAACGAGAAACUGUAUCCAUGAUGCUGACCAAAUAUGCUGCCUACAACACCUUUCAUCACUGUGAGCAGUGCCACCAGUAUAUGGACUUCACCUCUGCCUCCCAGAUGUCUGACUCCACCCUUCAUGCAUUCACAUUUUCUUCCUCUAUGUUGGGAGAAGAAGUUCAGCUGUAUUUCAUCAUCCCCAAAUCCAAAGAGAGUCAUUUUGUCUUCAGCAAGCAGGGCAAACACCUGGAGAGCAUGCGGCUGCCUUUGGUUUCAGACAAGCAGAAUUUGAAUGCAGUCAAGAGCCCUAUUUUCACUCCUUCCAGUGGUCGCCAUGAGCAUGGACUCCUAAACCUUUUCCACGCCAUGGAGGGCAUCAGCCAUCUUCACCUUCUAGUGGUCAAAGAAUAUGAGAUGCCGCUGUACCGCAAGUACUGGCCCAACCACAUCAUGCUGGUGCUUCCUGGCAUGUUCAACAAUGCGGGCGUGGGUGCUGCUAGAUUCCUCAUUAAGGAGCUGUCAUAUCACAACCUAGAACUGGAGAGGAACCGCCUGGAGGAGCUGGGAGUUAAACGCCAGUGUGUCUGGCCUUUCAUCGUUGUGAUGGAUGAUUCGUGUGUCCUAUGGAACAUUCACAGUGUUCAGGAGCAGACCAGCCAGUCCAUGGAAGCAGGAGUGUCCAGUAAGAAUGUGUCCUUGAAGAGUGUCUUGCAGCAUAUUGAAGCCACACCAAAAAUCAUCCACUACGCAAUCCUGGGUAUACAGAAAUGGAGCAGCAAGCUGACUUCUCAGAGUCUCAAGGCCCCAUUCUCUAGGUGCCAUGUGCAUGAUUUCAUUCUUCUCAACAUAGACUUGACUCAGAAUGUGCAGUAUGACUUCAACAGGUAUUUCUGUGAAGAUGUUGACUUUAACCUGAGAACAAACAGUAGUGGCCUGCUCAUCUGUCGCUUUAAUAACUUCAGCCUCAUGAAGAAACAUGUUCAGGUUGGCGGGCAAAGGGACUUUAUCAUUAAACCAAAGAUCAUGGUGUCGGAGAGCUUAGCUCCCAUCUUGCCCCUUCAGUAUGUCUGUGCACCCGACAGUGAACACACAUUACUGGCAGCCCCUGCGCAGUUUCUCCUGGAGAAGUUCCUUCAGCAUGCUGCAUAUAAACUCUUCCCCAAAGCCAUCCAUAACUUUAAGAGUCCUGUGCUGGCCAUUGACUGCUACCUUAACAUUGGACAGGAGGUGGCCAUAUGCUACAUCAGCUCCAGACCCCACUCCAGCAAUGUCAACUGUGAAGGGGUGUUUUUCAGUGGACUCCUUUUGUACCUCUGUGACUCUUUUGUAGGUGCUGAUCUUCUUAAGAAAUUUAAGUUUUUAAAAGGUGCUACUCUAUGUGUCAUCUGCCAAGAUAGAAGCUCCUUACGCCAAACAAUUGUCCGCUUAGAGCUAGAGGACGAGUGGCAAUUCCGCCUCCGGGAUGAGUUUCAAACUGCCAACAGCAACGAUGACAAGCCUCUUUACUUUCUUACUGGACGUCAUGUAUGAGCUUUGGAAGAGACCAAAAAUUGCAAAGUGAUGCCUAGCUGGGGUGGGACAGAAACAAUUAUUGGGGGAUUUUUUUUUUCUUUAAAGUACAAUCACUGUGGAGCAAAGUGCAACAUAUUUGUCUAUUCUCCAAAGAACUCCCCAAAUCUAACCAAGUCUUUGGGGACAUCACUCUCCUUCAGUUCUAAUUACAGGACCCUACAUUCAGGCGAACUCCACUGUAGGCAAUUAUGCAGUUACUUAAGUUGUGGUCUGCCUGUGGGAGCUUAAGGAGGAUAGACUUUGGAGAACAAACAUGGAGUUUGCAUUGGUUUUUUUCUACUAUACUGCAUUGGGGGGGAAAACUGUCAGCAUUAGCUUGCUUGAAUGUGUUACAUGAGAUACACCAUUGGUGUGGAAAUAAUUGAAGAUUAACAUUUGAGGCCUGAACCCUCAGUUUCUCUUCAGAUCUGUACUUUGGUACAGUAUUACUCAGGGGUGUGAAAUGAUAGAAUGUAGAAGUUAUUUGUAUUUAAAAAAAGUAGUUUUGUCUUUUUCUGUGCAGUGUUAGUUUAAGAUUUAUAAUCUUUUAUGUAUUGAAACUUUUGGCAAAAUUUCCACAGGAGUUAAGAGUUUACUAUUUAAACUGAACAAACAAAUCAGUAAAUGCAGAGCAGGCAUUGUGUACAUUUAUGAAGAGUCUCCUAGCUUAAUUCUUUUGCUUUUCCCAUUCUUUAAAAGUUUCCAGUCUUAAAACACACCAUGUCUAAGAGAAUAUGGAAUAGUGAUUAAUCUUAUUUAAGAACCUGAUUAAGCAGUUGGGCCAAUUAAGCAGCUUUUAGGAGUUAACCUGUACCCAUCCUGUUUUGGUUGAAAAUAAGCAGCUAGCACUAGGCAAACCUAAAUGUCAAGCUGAGGCUCUGCUGUGGAGUAGAACGAGUCGUGCCCCCCCGCUCCGCCCCCCAAACUCAAGCACAGCUUUCUUAAAAAAACAAACAAUAUUAGCUGCCUUACACUGACAACACAGAAAGUGCUGGAAUGGGAAAUAGAGCCAUGGAAAGAGAGAACUAUUUUACUUAAUUCUACCACUGACAUUUUUGUGAGGAGUAAAAAAGAUGCCAGGAGUUUUUGACUCAAAAUCAGUACAUGAUGUCUGACCAAUAUAAAAAGUAGGAUUUCUCACCAAAUAUUUUAAUGAAGAGCAGAUUCUAGGAAAUAUUCUAGAGUAGUCUAUUUGAAGUUUAUACUUAUAUUACUCCGGUUCUCAUCAUUAAACAAUCUCUUGAGAUUUUUUUGAUUUGCCCACGUGUAUCACUUUAUCCCCACUUAAAAUGGCCUUUGUUACUUGAAUCUGUUUAGUGACCUGAAACUACUGAGAGGGGCCUACGAAGCCUGCAUUUACUUAGAACAAAUAGUAUUUUAUCUUGUGAUAACAAGGAGUUUACAGCUAGUGAAAAGAUGGAAUGUAUUAGACUGAAAAUGGCUUGCAGAUCUCUUGGUUUUAAUAUAGCUACUUUUAAUGCUUUAAAUGUAUUUUGAAAUGAACAAUUCCUUUUAAUCCCCUUUUUGUCCUUCAAAGAAGACCUGCCUUAUUAUAUAUGCUUUAAAAACUUAGUAUAGCAGAAUUUUUAGCAAAGAGGUACGUUCUAAAGCAACUUGGUGUAGAUAUGAAUGUAUUUCAUUUUUUCCUGAUUUGUUGAAAGGGCCUGAUGCAGAUGAUAUCAAAAAACCCACUGUUUGUGCAAUAUUCCAAUAACAUUUACUAUAGGGCAAAUAAAAUACUUGAAGUAGUUCUAAUUUUACCUGGGGCAGAUGGCCUCUCAGUGUUUGUUCUGGUUUUAUGUAUGAUUUCAUGGUCAAGGUUUUUUUUAAGUUUCUUUAGAUGCAGGUACUCCACGUUAGGGCUGCACUCUAAAAAUUCAAAUUAUUAUGAGUUCAGAACUACUAUUCAACUCUGUGGAAGAGAAAUGCCAGAAUAAAGUCCAACACAUCAACUCGAUAGUGGAGAAAUUUAAGUUGACCUGCCUAAUUUUUUUUUUUUUUGAAAGCCUCUUAAAUCACUUUAUCACUCUUAAUUCUUUAGAGAAUGUUAGGUCAUCUCUAAGGAGAAAAUUGCACAAGCACAGGACACCAUGAUUUGUUAGUGUAUGUGUUCAGUUUAUGCUUUUCCACCCCUUAAAACACUAGUGUGGAGUGAAUGGAUUCACUAGGCCCACACAAUAACUCACCUACACACCUGCUAAAAACUAUGGCAUGUAUGUAUGACAGUUCACACAGGUUAAUACUAAAUGUAAACUAAAAAUUAGAAUUGUAGUUGUCAAUUUGGUUUGGCUGUAAUUUAUGCAAAUGCUUUUUGUGACUUUUAGAAAAAGGGGUACCUGUGUUACAUAAUUACUGUAAAAUUUUAACCAAAAUUUGGUGAAUUUCACUAGUCAGUCUACCUCACGUUUUGUUGAUGAUUCUAAGUUGUCGUUAAGUUGUGUCUACAGUAUGUUCUUGUCCUUUCAUUUAAUUUGGUGAAUGUAUUAAAAUUCUCUCCCACUCCCCA